GUGCAAAUUUAGUACAGUUUCUGUGUAUUUUGAAUUUAAUCCUCCCCUUCUAAGUAAUCAAUAUGUCUGAACAAAUCGAAAAGUUUAUGUUCACCUCCGAAUCCGUUGGUGAAGGUCACCCAGAUAAGAUCUGUGACCAAGUUUCCGACGCUAUUUUGGAUGCUUGUUUGGCUGCUGACCCUCUUUCCAAGGUUGCCUGUGAAACCGCUGCCAAGACCGGUAUGAUUAUGGUUUUCGGUGAAAUCACUACCAAGGCUCAAUUGGACUACCAAAAGAUUGUUAGAGACACCAUCAAGCACAUUGGUUACGACCACUCUGACAAGGGUUUCGACUACAAGACCUGUAACGUUCUUGUUGCCAUUGAACAACAAUCCCCAGAUAUUGCUCAAGGUUUACAUUACGAAAAGGCCCUUGAAGACUUGGGUGCUGGUGAUCAAGGUAUUAUGUUUGGUUAUGCUACUGAUGAAACUGACGAAAAGUUGCCUCUCACUCUUUUGUUGGCUCACAAGUUGAACGCUGAAUUGGCUUCUGCUAGAAGAUCUGGUGCUCUUGCCUGGUUGAGACCAGACACCAAGACCCAAGUCACCAUCGAAUACAAGAAGGAUGGUGGUGCUGUUGUUCCUCUUCGUGUUGACACCGUUGUUAUUUCUACUCAACAUGCUGAUGAAAUUUCUACUGAAGACCUUAGAGAACAAAUUCUUUCUCACGUUAUCAAGAAGGUUAUCCCAGCUCAUCUUUUGGAUGACAAGACCGUUUACCACAUUCAACCAUCUGGUAGAUUCGUUAUUGGUGGUCCACAAGGUGAUGCCGGUUUGACUGGUAGAAAGAUCAUUGUUGACACUUACGGUGGUUGGGGUGCUCACGGUGGUGGUGCUUUCUCCGGUAAGGAUUUCUCCAAGGUUGACAGAUCUGCUGCUUACGCUGCCAGAUGGGUUGCCAAGUCUCUUGUUAACGCUGGUCUUGCCAGACGUGCCCUUGUGCAAUUCUCCUACGCCAUUGGUGUUGCUGAACCAUUGUCCAUCUACGUUGACACCUACGGUACCUCCAAGUACUCUUCCGAUGAAUUGGUUGCCAUUGUCAGAAAGAACUUUGACUUGAGACCUGGUGUCAUUGUCAAGGAAUUGGACUUGGCCAGACCAAUCUACUUCAAGACUGCUUCCUACGGUCACUUCACUAACCAAGAAAACCCAUGGGAACAACCAAAGAAGUUGUCCUUCUAAGUUAGGGACAUGCCCAUAAUAAAGUGUGAAUGAUUAUACGUUCACACCUACUUAAUGAUUAAUGUAUUGACUCCAUUAGAUGUCUAUGGCCAACGCUCAACUCGUUGGCUUUAUUGUUAAUAUUUGAGAGAAGUUAUUUCUCCAAGUUCUUGUUAUUUUUUUUCUAUUUAUGUUGUUGAAAAGUUUUUAUAUGGUGAGGUUUUAAUUCCGUGUUAAUUAAGCUUUUAGUUUGUUUUUAUUGUUGAUUUGGAUAGAGUUUUGCAUUAAGGGGGUCCUCAACGGACCAUUAAGUUCAAUAUAGGUAUAUUACAUUGAAAAAA